AUGCAUCUGGGGUUUCUCAUCAAGUUCAAAACUACUGUAUCGAAACAGAGAGACAAGCUCUUCUCACCUUCAAACAAGGCCUUGAAGAUCCUCAUAACCUCUUACAAUCUUGGACAAGCAACAACAAAGAUUGCUGCACAUGGAAAGGAAUCAGGAAAUUAUAUAACUGGAAAUAUUCCUUCAGAACUUGGAAACCUGACCAAGUUGCGUAUUCUUGACCUUAGUCACUCUAUUAGUGGUUUGACUGCUAAUAGUUUCAAAUGGCUUUCUCAUAUCUCUUAUCUAAGAAUCUUUAAACUGGGUGAUACAAACUUCAGCAAAGCCAAAGACUGGUUUCAUUCAUUUAAAACAGCUCCCUCCUUAUCAACCUUACACCUACAUGAUUGUGAAUUUCCAGAGCUAGAUGAUUCCUCUUUUUCUCAUAUCACAAACUCUACCAAUUCUAUCACAACUCUCGAUGUCUCUGGUAGUACAUUUGGGUCUACAACAGUUUCUCGCUUGCUUAAUUUGAGCAAUAAUCUUGUUGAUCUCUCUCUGUUUGAUAAUAAUUUCAAUAUCAAAGGCAAUCAUCUUCCAGAUUCUUUUGCAAAUUUGAAAUCCCUUAGGCGUUGUUUCUUGCAAUCCAAUGAAUUUGAAGGGAAAGUACCGAAAUCGAUGGCGAAUCUUUGCGAGCUUCAAGAAUUAGAUUUGUCUUAUAAUGAAUUCAAUUCCACCAUCAUUGAUAUCUUGGAAAGCCUCCUUGAUUGCAAUAACAACUCGUUAGAAAUUCUUAAUUUGUCUCAGAAUAGACUAAUUGGACCACUGCCUAGAGAUUUGUCAAGAUUUUUGCACUUGAGAGAGUUGUAUGUAUCAGACAAUAAGUUCAGUGACACUUUACCAGAGAGUAUCGGCAAGCUCACUAGUCUUGAGUUAUUAGACAUUUCCAAUAAUUCUUUCAUUGGAUUUGUCUCUGAAACACACCUUGAGAAACUCUCCAAAUUGAAACACCUUGACUUAUCUUCCAACUCUUUAACUUUGAAAAUGAAUACCACAUGGGUUCCUCCUUUUCAACUCCAAUAUAUCAAUUUGAGAUCUUGCAUGAUAGGACCACAGUUUCCUUCUUGGCUUCAAACACAGUCAAAUAUUUCACAAAUUGAUUUAUCUAGUUCUGGAAUAUCUGAUGUCAUUCCUGAAUGGUUUUUCAAUAUGACUUCCAAUUUAGAAGAUUUGAAUUUAUCUUCCAAUCUUAUCAACAGCACCCUGCCAGACAUUCUAUUGGAAUCUGCUAUUAACUUUGCUUCGGUGGAUUUAAGCUCCAACCAAUUCCAUGGCCAUGUCCCUCUAAAUUCUCUUUUCAAAGUGAAUGAGUUGAAUCUUUCAAAUAAUACUCUCAUAGAAUUUGACCCUCUCUUUUGCACCUCAUUUAAUGGGACAGUGCAGUUUCUAGAUCUUUCUAAUAACCAAAUAUUUGGAAGCCUUCCAGAUUGUUGGUUUCGUCUACAAAAUUUGGAAGUUCUCUAUUUGAACAAUAAUAGAUUGUCUGGAGUGAUCCCGAACUCAAUUGCUUCUCUUUAUAAAAUUCACACACUUAUUUUGAGAAAUAAUAACUUGUCGGGAACUUUACCAUCAUCGAUAAAGAAUUGCACUCAAUUGGUAUUUCUUGAUGUUGGAGAGAACAACUUGGAAGGAACUAUACCAAUGUGGAUUGGGGAAACACUAACAGGUUUGGUUAUCUUGCAUCUCAAGUCUAAUCAUUUUCAUGGAACAAUUCCAUUGAGUCUAUGCCAUCUUCAACAAAUUCGGAUAUUAGACAUUUCCCGAAACAAUAUAUAUGGAGCUAUACCAUCAUGUAUAAAUAACUUCACUUCUAUGGUUGAGAUAAUUAAGGAAGAUGACUUUUUUGAAAAGCAUGUUCAAAUUGACAUACCCUGGCACAGUGACUCCAGUAGUAGUUAUGUAACGUCAUAUGACAUGAAGGCAUUGGUAACUUGGAAAGGAAAGGAGUAUGAAUAUCAAGAGAUUUUGGGUUUGUUGAGAGUGAUUGACUUUUCAAGUAAUAGAUUGACUGGAGAGAUUCCUAGGGAGCUGACAAAUCUUUUGGGACUAGUUCAAUUGAACUUGUUUUGGAAUAAUUUGAGUGGAGCCAUACCUCAGAAAAUUGAGAACUUGAGCAAACUCGAAUCACUAGAUCUGUCUCAUAACAAUUUUACUGGAAAAAUUCCUAUUGGCUUGGGAGAAUUAUCAUUUUUGGAAUAUUUGAACCUGUCAUAUAAUCAUUUGUCAGGAAGAAUCCCUACUGGUACUCAAUUACAAAGCUUCAAUGCUUAUUCAUAUGUUGAAAAUGAUGGACUAUGUGGAGCUCCUCUCUCUGAAUGCCCUGGUGAUCAUAUAGCUUUCAAGGAUAAUCCUCAUUCAGACUUAGAUCAAGAACGGUUUGACAUGUCAUGGUUUUACAUUGGACUUGAAGUUGGAUUUGCUUUUGGUUUUAUUGGAGUUUGUGGAGCUUUGUACCGAAACUACUCAUUCUUAUUGGAGACUUGCCUAUCUUCGAGGUGCUUGAAUACAUUUGGAGAUUGGCUUUAUGUGAUGAUUAGCAUUAGAAUUUCUAAAUUGAAGAGAUGCCUUCAAAGCUAAAAGAUACUUCAUAUGGAGAUCAAGUCUUGGAAAUCUGUGGUGCUGUCUAUAUACUUUUGUUGAAUGAGAGGACUCAAGAAGAGAAGAAUGAAGAUGAAGUGUACUUGUUCACAAAAUAUAUAGUUACAUAUUUAUAUAAAUUUGUUGGUAUUGAUUGUUUUCAGCUAGUACAAUUUAAUUUACAGCACGAUUUUAACUUGUAUUUCUGUUUUUCCUUGAGUGAAAGAUACCUUUAUGGUAAAAUAUGUUAUAUAAAAUAAAUAAUUAAAUAUACCCUUCUGUUGGUCAAAUCAUUUUCAAUA